CGUAAGUUUAAGUAUAUAUUAGAUUCAAAGCUUGUUGCUCUUUUGAUUUAUCAUCAGUAAGGUUGUAAAAGUAUUUUAAGUAAUGCUAACAUAGGGUUGAAAGUAUGUUUUUGUUAGUUUGUUUUCAGAUUUCGACUUGGUAAAAUUCUUUAAAAAUGUCUGGUUUUGUUUUUCAAAAGUGUAGACUCAUUUCAGAUAGUGGCGCACCCGGCUGUUAGCACUAAGUGUUGCCGAUGGGCGCCGUGCAGACGAGACGCCAUUAAAUCCCGAUUAUUUAUAACCGCCCAACAGCAUCCCAAUCUCAACAUUGUGGCCGACUCCAAAUUUAGUUUCGCUCGAUCGUCGUAUCGUUCAGGCCAUCGCAGUGUCAACAAGUCGUAAAACUGUGAGACAUUGUUUCCUAUAUACUUUCCAGGCAAUCGAAACAGGCAAAAGUUUUGAGAUAAGUGGUCGGAAACGUUCACUUUUUAUGGCAGUCGACAUUUUCUCGGAAAGACUUGACCAGUUGAUUUUAACGCAAGAGACCAUCUGCCAAGCAUUAAUUUGCCAUGAACCAUUUGCCGUGCCAUUUGGGAGAGGAUGACAUGAAGAAAUAUCACGUUCAUAUAUUCAGCCAAGCAAAAAAGCGUGCAUCAUUUGUCGUGAUAUUACGAGUAGUCUAGGGCACAGUUGUAUUCGUUAUAAUUGUUUGCAAAACUCUUUCUAGAAUAUUUCGUGACUAAAAGUGGGCGGAGCAAGUGUCUCAUGGAAGCUGUGAGGAAGGGACUUGGCUGUUUAAGGAAACUAUAGUCGUUGAUAGUCGUUGAUGUUGUUGCUGCCAAGUUACUUAGCAGUCUCGUUUCAGCUGGGAAUUAACCAGAGGCAGAAGCCUAUUUGCGGGUAUUGGUAGCCAAUUAAAGUUAUAUCCCCCACCCCAUACAAAAAGGAUCAACUUCAGUCAAAUUCGGCAUUAAAUUUUGCUUACUUGUUAGUUGACUGCAUCAUUAUCCGGUUUUCUAAAUGCCGAAAAUUGUGAUCUGGAUGCCCGAUGAUGAGGACCAGCCUGGGCAUGUAGCCAUCGCUACCAACGCGUAUUACGUUAGUUUUUGGCCGGCUCGUUGUUUAGAAAAGGGUAGAAAGGUAACCAGGACAAUUUCAAAUGCAGCCGUUUUCGCGUUAGAUGUGCACAAGGGAUGCCUCGUCUUCCAUCAAGACCUUGACAAGGAAAACGAAGACUGUGACCCCAACUACGAAUAUGAAAUCGACGCAGCCAAAGUCUCCAACGAGGACCUGAAUGACGUGAUUGAGGAAUUCCUCCGUUACAACGAAAUCAAUCCAGAAGAUGUGACACUGGCAAAAGGUGAGGAGAAGUAUCGAGAAUACAAGCAACUGGAGGCAUCAUUGACGGAAGAUAUAGCCGAACGAAUAGAAGAUUAUUGGAAACCGGUCAAAUCGCUUGCUGAAACUGAGUACUCGAUCGUGACCGAAUUAGUGAGCAGCAAAGAUGACGAUUCUGCGCCGUUUUACAAGAGUCAACAAAGUUGUGUGUCUUUGGUUUCAACCUCGUCCAAAUGGCCUGGCUGAAACAUCAUCCCAAUCCCAUUCCAAUCAUCAAUUACGAAGAAGCCAAAAAUGCAAAAGAAAUUUCCUUUCUCUUCUAUU